CCAGUUUUAGGGGAGGAGGGAGGACCCCAAAGUAGCAGCCUCCGGGAGCAGCCUCAGGCAGCCCAGCCCAGGCGGACAGAGCAGCUGGGGCUGCACAGUAGAGGACCUGGAAGGAAGGACAGCAGCUGGAAACUCAGCCCAGCCAUGGGGCCCCACGGGAAACAGUCCGUGCUGCGAAUGCCCCUGUUGUUGCUGCUGACUUGUGUCCAGUCUGGGACGGGUCUGGAGAGCAUUAACUAUGCCCCCCAGCUCCUCGGGGCCACCCUGGAGGGGAGACUCACACAAUCUACCUUCACGCUGGAGCAACCCCUGGGCCAAUUCAAGAACGUCAACCUCUCUGACCCAGAUCCCAUCUGGCUGGUGGUGGCUCACAGUAACGCCGCCCAGAACUUUACCGCCCCACGGAAGGUAGAAGACAGGCAUGCCCCUGCCAACUUUGACCGCAAUGGCUACUAUCUCACGCUGAGGGCCAACCGGGUACACUACAAGGGUGGCCAGCCUGACAGCCAGCUCCGAGUCCUCCGUGUUGGGAAUGACAACAACUGUUCCCUGGAGUCCCAGGGCUGUAACUCGCCUUUGCCAGGGGCCGGCCCCUAUAGAGUGAAAUUCCUGGCGAUGAGUGCCGAGGGACCCGUGGCUGAGACACUGUGGUCCGAGGAGAUCUACCUGCAGCAAGCCCAGACAUUCCGAGAAGCUCCAGGGUCCCAGGGCAAGGGCACUGUGGUCAUCAUUGCCUUCUUGUCAAUCCUACUGGCCAUCCUGCUUGUGGUCUUCCUCGUACUGGUCAUAUCCGCUUGAGGGCAGCUUGCUAUCCUUCUGCUUCGGCCUCCUGAGUCUCCAGCUGGAUGUUAACCCCACCCAGAGAUGCUGAUUUUAAUGGAGAUGUCCAGUGAUGUCCAAGGAACUAUGGGUUCCUGACAGAUCCUGAUAAUGGGUAGGUGGGAAGAGCCUGUCUUGUAGCAGCCUUCUGUUCCUGUCUGUUUUUCUGUCUGCGGGAUUCCCCCGCCCCCCCAUUUCUACAUUGUACUGUGUCAUGUCCCUAUUUUUAACCCUGACCAUGGGAACUAAAGGCACUUCCCAAGAGGACUCUUUCUGAGCUGGCUUGGACCUGGCUGUUCCAACACACUCAAAUUCACAUUAAA